AUGGUAGCAGAUAUCCUCACGAAAGCGAUCCCGCGAGAGCAAUUCGAGAUCCUGCCCAUCUCGGGUGGCCACCACCAAGUGUUUUCGGUCGAUCUGAUCAACGACAAGCCGCAGUCUUUUGCCGACAUCGAAGCAAGUCCCAACAAGCAAGCGUGGCUCGACGCGACCCAAGAAGAAUACUAUGCGAUAGUCUACAACGGCAUUUGGGUGCUCACCGAUUUGCCCCGAGGUCGCAAGGCUUUGGCUUGCAAGUGGCUGUGGCGCAACAAGUUCGAUGCCGUGGGUCGUUAG